AUGAAGUUCGGUCUCGUCAUCCUCGCCACCAUCGCCGGCGCCUUCGCCGCUCCUUCAGAGUCAUAUGCACAGGUUGUCGAGGCUCGGGCCGACAAUUGCUUUCACCCAAGCUCCUGCUCGGCCUCUUGGGCCGGCAAGUGCGAGGACUACUGCGGCCGCCGGGGCUUCUCACACAUGACCGGCGACGGCUGCGGUCUCUUCAAGAAGAAGUGCUGCUGCAUCCGCCGAUGA